AUGAGGAGAUUGGCCGAAGUGGAAGCAGAAGUGAACGCGAUCAGGAGUCGAAUGGGCACAGGCUCCUAUUUCACCGAGCAGGAACUAAACCUGGUUCAACUCAUCCGCACCAUGGAAAAUAAGCUGGACAAAACGAGCACGAAGAUAGCUGAGACAAUGCACAUAAAGCACACCUAUGAGGCUAUUCGAGACAAAUUAAUGAGCGAGAGUUCAACUUACACUAUGACACUGGAUUCUAUGGCCGCCGAGAUCCGUCAGUGCAGUGCGAAGCUGGCGGAGUUAAAGGAGAACAGUAUCGAGGCCGUUCACCUUAGAGACAGGACACUUAUUGAAUUGAAGGAGCACGAACAAUUGCUGUUUGCACAGCAAAAAAGGCAGGAACUAGAGCUCUUCAACAUGAAGCGGGCACUAAACCUCUUGAAGGAACAGUCUGUCCCCAUGAAGACGCUUCCGGUCGAUGAUGACAUUGAAAAAUCCGAUGAGAACGACCAGUUGACGGGUGAAGAUCCAACCGUGUCCGAUGAACAAAGUAUACUGACACAACUCGAAAAAAUUCAUAGUAAUAUGAAGGCGGCUACAGGCGCUUCUGAAAAUAGUGAAAUUGAGAAACUGUUCAUUCAAUUCGAGCAAUCCACAGCAAGUCUCCACAAACUGUCCGAAGAAGUUGAAGCCAGAGCCAAAUCGUUGAGGUCCCAAAAUGGUCGAUUGAAGGAAAUGUUUCGAGAAUUGCAAAGCAGUGGCAGUGCUGCAACUUCAGGGAGUCCAACUCAAACUGCGGCACAGGCCCGCAUGGAAUCGCUGAAGGUGAAGAUGGAUACAUUGAAAGGUGAACUGAUGAGACUGAGGCAACUACUGACCUACGUACGCAUGGCCAUAGAGAACAUUUACGUGAAAUUACAAAUGACGCCCAGCACGUCUAAAGGUGCCAAGAAACAAGCUGCAGUGAUCUUGAGGCAUUUGGUUGAAAUUCACCUGCCUGAUCUUAUGCUUCAAUGCUUCGAUUACCAGGACCAACUGGAUAACGAUCUCGAUGAUUACAACCUGUCUGUAGAAAUCGCUAACAUGCUUCAAGAGGAGAGUAUGAAAUUGGCGCACACCGACCAGUUCUACACUUCUCUCAAAGGAAAGAUUCCAAGGUACAACACUCGCAUAGUGCCCAAUUGGAUGAAGAGAUCGGAAAAAGUGGAAAACGACGAUGGAAACAAUCCCGAAUGGAGAUCUCGCACUGACCUCAAGCACCGAUCAGCGUAUAUAACUUUGGUAAACAAGCACCAACUCAACAAACAAUGA